GUAUCCUCCAACUUCUUCUCCGUCGCUCUUUGAUCCUUCGACACCGUUUCAUUUUCGAAGCUCUCCGUAGUUUUUUCACUUUAAUCGAUAUGAGAGACGACGGAGGAGAUUGCACCAAAUUUGUUGAUACUGGGAGUAGCAAGCCCAGAUCAAAAGUAGGUAAUAUUACUCAUUCUGAUCCUAACAUGUCAUCCACCAUGCAAGAUGAGGAUUUUUCCACUCGUAAUAGCAGCGCUUCUGCUUCGGCUCCUGGGUUUUUGGACCAAAACAGGUUGAGCUGUGAAGGGUCACCUAUGACCAUGUCACCAUGGAAUAAUACCACCGGUGACAACAAAGCUUCCUGGACUCCUUUUGAGGAAAAUCUCCCGCAGAAUGGACUAAUUGGUUCUCUUGUUCGUGAAGAGGGUCAUAUUUAUUCUUUGGCUGCAACUAAGGAUCUUCUUUAUACUGGUUCAGAUAGCAAGAACAUUCGUGUUUGGAAGGAGCUCAAAGAAUUUUCUGGGUUUAAAUCCAGCAGUGGCUUGGUUAAAGCGAUUAUAAUUCUUGGGGAGAAAAUUUUCACAGGUCACCAAGAUGGAAAGAUUCGUGUCUGGAAAGUUUCUCCAAAGAAUCCAAGCGUACACAAGCGCUCUGGAACUUUACCUACUUUGAAGGACAUUUUCAAAAGCUCUAUCAAGCCUAGUAAUUACGUCCAAGUUCGUAAUCAUCGUACCUCUCUGUGGAUCAAACAUUCUGAUGCUGUUUCUUGCUUGAGCUUUAAUGAAGACAAUACUCUUUUGUACUCUGCUUCCUGGGACAGAUCCUUCAAAGUUUGGAGACUCUCAGACUCCAAAUGCAUGGAAUCUGUCAGCGCUCACGAUGAUGCUGUUAACUCCGUCGUGGCAAGCAGCGACGACACUGUGUUUACAGGCUCAGCUGAUGGAACUGUCAAAGUGUGGAAACGAGAACAGAAUGGCAAAUCUUUUAAGCACAAUAUGCUUCAAACAUUGCUGAAACAAGAGUGCGCAGUUACAGCUUUGGCCGUGAACCCUACUGGUUCGGUUCUAUACUGUGGUUCCAGUGAUGGGGUGGUGAAUUUUUGGGAACGCGAAAAGCAGUUGUCUCACGGUGGGGUUCUUAAGGGCCACAAGCUUGCGGUUCUGUGCCUCUCGGCUGCAGGGAAUGUGCUGUUCAGCGGUUCAGCGGAUAAGACCAUCUGCGUGUGGAGGAGGGACGGGAGUAUUCACACGUGUCUAUCUGUGCUGACUGGGCACAAUGGGCCUGUCAAGUGCUUGGCGGUGGUUGAAGAUCACGAGCAGUCGAAACCUGGAGAUCAACGAUGGGUAGUGUACAGUGGGAGCCUGGACAAGUCUGUGAAGGUUUGGAGCGUAUCUGAGUUUGCUCCUGAUGCUAAUCAGAUGGCUAUGAUGCAACAACAGCAGCAGUAUCAGCAGGUGACUGAUAGUGAAACUGCGCCGUCCGAUGGAAGCAGCGGCAACAAUAUGUAGUGAUAAUCGCGACAACCUUGGAUCUGACGUGGAGCAGGAGCGGUAAUAAGAAGUAUUGUUGACUGGUGACACGUGGUGGGUCUGGUUGAUAUGCCCGGCUGAGCGGGUGAAAGGAGAUUGUGAUUUGUGAGGAAUUGGGUUUUGUGUAUGCGAGUGGACAUUGUGUGGUUGAUAAUUUAAUUGCUUACUACUGAGGUUGUAAGUUUACCAGCUAAAAUUUUCUCUUUUGUUUAUUUUUGUAAUUUGAUUUCAAGCGAGUUUUGCAGGGGAUUUUGUAUCAAAUGGUGAUGAUUUAAUAAAUAUGUUAUGUAUGAUC